UGGAUGACGAUAAUUGACACUGAAACAAGAGACUGAAGAGAGAGAAAGGGGACCUAAAAAAAGUCUCAUUUAUAUAAACAGCUCACGCAUUUUCAGAUUCCGUCUCACCUCUCUCUCUCUCUCCAAAAAGCCCGUUUGCUUCUCUAUUAGCAGGAAAAUGAUUAAGCUCUUUAAGGUAAAGGAAAAGCAGAGGGAAAUUGCAGAAAGUGCUAACGGGAAGAUUCCUGUCAAGAAGCAAAGUGCAGGAGAACUGCGUCUUCAUAAAGAUAUCAGUGAACUGAAUCUACCAAAAACUUGUAACAUAUUGUUUCCAAAUGGCAAGGAUGACUUGAUGAACUUUGAGGUUACCAUUAGGCCUGAUGAAGGAUAUUAUCAAGGUGGUAUGUUUGUGUUUUCUUUCAAUGUUUCCCCUGUAUACCCCCACGAGGCUCCAAAAGUCAAGUGCAAGACGAAGGUGUACCACCCUAAUAUCGAUUUGGAAGGAAAUGUCUGCCUGAACAUUUUGAGAGAAGAUUGGAAGCCUGUUCUGAAUAUAAACACGAUCAUUUAUGGACUUUUUCAUCUUUUCACUCAACCAAAUUAUGAGGAUCCUCUCAACCACGAUGCAGCUGCAGUUUUAAGAGAUAAUCCAAAACUUUUUGAAUCCAACGUGAGAAGGGCAAUGGCUGGUGGAUAUGUUGGACAGACAUUCUUCCCGAGAUGCGUGUAGCUUCUGAUCAUGUUAAAAAUGCACAAAUUGGCUUGAAGGUCAAAGAGCUGUAUAUUUGAUUGCAUGGAUUCUUUCUUUUCUUGAGUUUCAUUGGUACUAAACAAAAUACUUGAGAAUCAUGCAACGGAUCACAGAAGAUGCUUGUAUGCUGCUGUAACUUUGUGAAAUGUUUGUGAUAAUGGAGGGCGGAACUCGUUAGCUUUACUUGCUUUUAUUCUGAUGUGAACCAAUGGAGAGGUGCUGGAGUGAGAACUUAGUGAUGUAUUUAUUUUUUCUAUCUUUAUUGGCAUAAAAGCGUGCCUUUUAACUUUUGAUGCCAAAGAAGGAUGUGCCUAUCUUGCAAGUUAUAUACUUUUUCCAACUCUCCCCUUUCUGGUCUUACUGUGAGUGAAAUUACAGUGCAACUGUUGGUAGAAUUUCUGUCUACAUCAAAUAUUACUGUAAUCUAAGAGCUUGAAAUGUGGAGGAACCAUGUCUUGGAAGCACAA